AUGGCGCCGAGAAUCACUGUCGAGACAAUGCGAGACUCCGGUCAGAAGGACAGGAUGUUAUUGACCCGUGGUCGUGGCAGAGUCGGAGUCGUGACAGAAGGAAAGGAAAAGCAAAAUGAGAACGGUCAAUGCUGGUAUGUGCAGAGCAUCAUUAUUAUUUUGUUCAUCUUCUCUAUUGACGCUUAUACGUAUGGCGCUCCUUUCGACGAAUCGGAAUGGGUAUCCGGAAAAUGGAGGAUCGGGAAAUUCGGAAGGGAACGAAACUCGAAGGAGAGGAAUCCAUUCGUUUGGAUGCGCAAUUCUGAGCAGAAAAGAAAUGAAUCGAAUGUGGAAUAUCUACAAUGGCUUGUGAAAAAUUGGAAAGAUAAUGGCGAGAAGAAUAGAAAUAUAAAUAGGGAGAAACUUUUCAUUGCUUUAAAUUUACCACGGUUAAAAAACAAAUCCGAUUCUUCCGAUACCAGCUCCGAUUCCGAAGAAACAAAACUGAGAAUUUUAUCUAAUAAGAAGAAAUGGAAUUUCGUGGGGCAAAAAUCGAACGAAAAAAAUAAAAAGCAGAAGGAGGAAGGGGAAGAGGAAGAAUCUAUGGAGAAAAUGUCUGACGAAUUAAGUAUUCGUAAAAAAAGAUUUUCCGACGAAAAAGAUUCUCGUGAAAGAAAUUCUGAUAAAAAUGAUCAUCGUGAAAAUAAUUUUUUCGAAUCGACGGAUGAAACUGAUUCGAGCUCGUCUGAAAGAUCAAAUGAAUAUUUUGAUUCAAGAGAAAAAAAAAGGAAUUCAGAGGAUUCAGAGGAAUACGAUAGUCGCAAAAGUUCGAGUUCUAGUUCCAGUUCGUGGGAAUUUGAUAGCAAUGAAGAAAAAUUCAAUGAUUAUUUAAAAGAUUUGUUAAAGAAAAACCAAUAUUAUAAGGAAAUAACCGAAAUGUUGAAAAAUUACAAAACAGAUGUUUAUUAUGAGAGAUUGUAUAAAUGGAAUAAAGUUAAGUAUCUGGAAUGGAGGAAAAACAUAAAACUAAAGAAUAAAAUAUUGGACGAAAAGGAAAAUUUAAGUAUGGAGAUAUUAAGGAGAAUUUGUAACGUAUCGACCAACAUUAAACGUAAAGAACAAGAAAAUCGAUUAAAAAACUGCAUAGGAUUUUACAUAUCUACGAAGGAUGAAUUUAAUUUUACAGCGGAUUUAUCAGUUUAUUUUGAGGAUACGAAAAUUAAAAUAGAUGGUGAAGAAUCGCCUUCUAACAAAGGUUCCAAUAAUGGAUAUAUACGUACAACUGAAGGAAUGAAAAAUUUUUCGACAAACGAAGAAAAAUCUUUCGACAAUGGAAACAGAGAUGAAACUAUUGACGGCGAACAAAAAGGAAAAGAAGAACAAGAAGAAGAAACAAAGUCUAGUUCGCGAAAAGAUGAAAUAGACAACGAUGAGAAGCCAACAGAUCGAAACUUUGAUAAUGUGACACAAGUAACAUGGUUUUCACAGAUUGGGACCGAAGAAAGAACACAAACAUCGAAAAAUGAAAAUUUAACAAAUUUUGAGAACAAUACGAAUAGGUGGGAAGAUUCGAAUGUAAUUUGGAGUACAACUCCUCGUAAAUAUUUAGAAAUUGAAUCUUCUGAAGCAUCGGAAAAUCGAUCGACGAUUUUCGAAGCAUCGAAUGUUAGGGAUAAUGAUCGAAACAACGAUUUGGAUAAGAAUACAUACGUACCGAGCAAUAAUGAAAAUGAGAAUAUACGACAAUCCGAUAAUACCGAAUCAAAUGGAUCGAAGGAUUUAAAUAUUAGUGAAUUCACGGUGAUUUCAGCAAAUCGAACAAUUUCCCGAUCAACUUCACGAAUCGAAGCUUCUACGAUAUGGGCGAAAGAUGGACUGUCUACAAUAUCGAGUAUCAAAUUUGAAACAAUUGAUAAUAACGAUAAUUUUACUACAUCCAGCGACACUAACUUUACAAUUGCAGCAAGCAAUGAUAUAAAUAAUAACGAAUCGUUCAAUGAUGAUAAUAAUGUACAGCCAAAUCCUAGUUCCGAUAAAUCUAACGAAUUAAAAAAUGAAGAAAGGAUAGAAGCAUCGAAUAGGAUAACAGAUGCAUCGCCUGUAUCAUCUGUAUAUCAAACAGAAAAUUCUCAAGUAGCAACUUUAACAAUAUCUAUAGAUGGGAAUAACGAGCAAACAACAACUUCUGCUUCGCAAAAUAUAAAUUCUAACGAUUCUAGAUUUAAAGAUCAGAUGAUGGAAAUGUGGAGUCAAGAAUCGGGAACAAGCUACAGCGAUGGUGUUUCGAUUAUCGCGAAUAUUAAUGUUGAAAUCAAUACUGUUCGGACUGAGAAUGAAACGAAUACUGUCGAUUCGAGUGUAGCGAAUACUCAAACAGCUUUACAUUCGACGAUAGAAAAAGUAGGAUCAACUGAAAGCUUAAGUCCCGAGUCAGAAACAACACUUAUCGAUGUAUCGAGUAAUAACGAAAAAGCUGAUACGGAUAAAGCAAAUGGUAUUUUGAAAAAUAAAUCAACUACCGAUGCUAAUGGAUGGACAAGUUCAGAUAACAGCGAAUCACCGACCGCAAGAAGAGACGAAGAAACGACGAUAAAUUAUCAAAUUGAUGAUUCGAUUGUGACAAGAAAAGAAGAGGAAGCUGAAGCGUCAAACUCGCAAACGACAAUUUUUCAUAGCGACAACAGCAACGAACAGAAUGUUAGCGUAAUUAUAGUCGAACCGAAUAAAAUUUUGAUAGAAGAUGAUAAUUUAAUUAUUAGCGAUAUUAAUGAACAAACAGAUUCAAUUGUUGAAAUGAUAAACGAUAAUGAAUCUACUACGAAAGCUGCACAAAUAAUAUUAUCUUUCUCUCAAACUGAAGAAUUUGAUAUAUUAAAAACGGAACAAUCAAACGAUGAUCAAUCUAAAACUAUCGAUUUUGUCAAUGUUAUCACAGAUAAUGGAAACAAUGGAAUUGAUGAUAAUUCCACCAGUAUUAAUGAAUCAACAAUCGAAAGAGAAGAAAUAAUGACAUUUUUGGAAAAUUUUACCGAUACCUUAACGGAGAUAACGACGACUCAAACAAUAUUUUCGCAAUUACCAGAAAUAAUUAUCGGAACUGGCGAUGAUAUAUUUGAAAAUAGAAAUGAUAAAAAUAUUCCUGAACUUACAACUUUGGAAAAUUUACAAACAACAUCAUUUUCCAUGCAAACUGAAAAAUCUAAUACAAGUGAAACGAAACGAUUAAUAAAAGGGGAAGCAUCGUCUAUCCAAACGGAAACAGAUUCAACCGCUUUCACAACUGAAAUAGAAGAAAUAGAAGCAUUUUCUUCGAAUAGUAAAAAUUCUACCAUUACGGAAGCAGAAUUGACAACUGUAAAAUUAUCUUCAAAGUUAGAAAGUGAAUUCACAACUUUAGAAAAUAUAGAAACAACAUCGUCUUUUCUUCAAACACUUUCGAAUAGAUCUGAAGCGAACGAACCGAUCGAAACAUCGAGUACUCGGACUGAAACGAUUCUUAUUAAUAACAGCACCGUUAUGUCGAUUAAUAUAAACGAUAGAACAAACAAAGCGAGCGAUAAUUUGAAAGAUGAUAAAAAAUCGACUAAUAGUAUCGAUAAAACAGAUAAACUUACAACUUUGAAAGAAAUCGAACCUGAUUAUUCGUCCACUAGUGGAUAUGAUAAUAUUACAGAAGCGAAAGCGCAAACUGUAAAACUAGAAAUAAUCAUUUCUGAUACCAAUGGCACUAAAACGGAUAAUUUCGUAAUCAUGGUUGAUAGUGGCAAUAUUUUCAAUGUAUCUGGCAAUAUGAAAAUAAAUUCCAAUGUUAAAGAAUCAAAUAUGCCAAUAACGGAUACUCAAAUAUAUAACACAGUGAUUUCAAAAGCAGUUACAUCAGCUGAACCAAUUGUAAAUUUAAAUCCCGAAUCUCCUGUAAAUGAAAUGCCUAUUUAGUAGGAAUAUCGGAUCCAUAGAAAGAAGUCCAAAGAAAGUCGAUAUUGAUUAAAAUUAUAAA